UAACUUCACAUUCAUACAAAAAAAUUACUAUUAUUUAUAUAUAAAUAAAACAUAUUAUAGUACUAAAUAUAUAUUAUAUAUUCUUUAAAUAAAUGCCAAGUAGAGUUGAUAUACAAGGUACCAGGGGGCGUUGUUUUUUUUCUAUUUACUGUUUAUAUGCGUUGGCUCAUAUAUACUGACAUUUAUCUUUCACUUUUGUUACAAAAUUGUCGUUUAUUUCCAUGACACUGUUUAUACUUGAUCACUCUAAUCUCUAAGUAGGAACAAGUAGGAGUGAUUUAUGCUAUUUCUAUGUGUAGUUGAUCUUUCGUGAUGUUUCUUUCUUUUGUCUAGUUUUUAAAAUAUAAUGUAUAUAUAUAUAUAAGUAAGUAAAGAAUAUAUUACAUGUGUUUGAUAAUUUUUAUGUGAAUUUAUUUGCUGAUAUUUGACAAUGUUGUCGAAAAUGUUUCGUUUCGUGACCUCUAUCAAAAUAUGUCAAAGGUUGAAUACGUGCAAAGUUGCUUUAGUAGUACAAACGAAUCAGAAAUGUAACUUUAAUAAACUGGUUUAUGUAGUACCCACUAUGAUGGGUCUGUGGACUUUUCAAUCGACGAAAGAGAAAGAGAAAGAGAAUAAUAAUGAAGCAAAGGAAAUUGCUAUGAAAGAAAGCUAUAUUAUAACAGCAGAUGUUUUGUUUGAGCAAGGUUUAUAUAAACAAUUAUAUAAACAUUUAUCGAAUUACAAGGAUAAUAAGGAUGUAGAAAUUCUAUGGCGUCUGAGUAGGGUUUUAUAUAAUUUAUCAAAGACAGCUAAUGAAUCAGAAGCAAAAAAAAUGAUUCUAGAAGCUUAUAAUUUUAUACAAACUGCAAUGAGUAUCAAAGAAGAUCAUUAUGCUGUACAAAAAUGGAUGUCAAUAUUACUUGACAGUAAAAGUGCUAUGGAAGGCAUGAAGUCGAGAAUACAGCAAUUAUACAGCAUUAAAAAGCAUAUGCUUAGGGCAAUAGAAUUAAAUCCAAAGGACGCUACUACUUUGUAUAUGCUUGGCAGUUGGUGUUACCAAGUAUCUGAUUUAGCAUGGUAUCAAAGAAAAAUUGCAGCAUUAGUAUUUGAAGAACCUCCAAAUUCAUCCUUCGAAGAGGCAUUAACAUAUUUUGAAAAGGCAGAAGAAACGAGUCCUAAUUUUUAUAGUUAUAAUUUACUUAUGCUUGCAAAAACUUAUUUAAAAUUAGGUAGAAAAGAAGAUGCUUUUAGAUACUUAAAAUUGACAACAGAAUAUCCGACUACAAAUCACGAAGAUGUUCAAGCUAAGAAAGAAGCACAAGAAAUGUUGAACGCUUUCUAAAGUUUCUUAACAUAUUUUUCUUAAUACUUAAAUGCACAAGUUAUAUUUAAUGCACAGGAGUGCUUUCUGUUCAAAUUGGAGUUAUAAAAGUGGGUUAUAUAGAUUGUAUAAAGAUUUUUAUGUAUGUGCAAUAUCAAAAAUAUUUGUUGAUAGGUACAAAUAUUUAAUCAAAUUUAAACUUAAUAUUUUAUCAUAUUUAAAGUAUAAAGUACGAAGAAAAGAAACAUAUAUACAUUCAUAUAAAAGGAACACAUAGAUUGGAUUUAUUACGAUGUUGGUUUACAAUAUUAAUAUGUUGCUAUAUAUACUAUAUAAGUUAUUUUUUAUAUGCAUUUACUAUAAAAUUCGUUGUAAAAUCAUGUAUAAAAUAUAAUACAGAAAGUUAUUACAUUACAAACUUUUUACUAACUUUUUUCUUUAUAAUACUGAAAGAAUAAAUUAUUAGAAAUGUUGAAA